AUGCUGGAAAGCGCUCAAGAGGCUUCUGACGGUUUAAAGAAUAGAAGAAACACACAGGAAGACGCCGAGAAUGAAAAUACAUUUCAAGUGGGGGCUUUGUAUGUUAUUCCCGUGGGCGUUCAGUUAACCAGAAAUCGGAAUAAGCUAGCUCUUGACGAUCAAUGUUUUUCGCUCAAAGGAGGUUCUUCUGGCUUGAAAAUGAGUUCCCGUUUCUAUAACGAGCUGGUUCAAUCAGGCCUAGGUGCCCAAUCUCAAAGGUUUAACGACCCAAGCCUUACAUUCAAGAAGUCUAUGUCGUUUGACGAUAUUAUAACCCACCUUUGGCAGGCUCUUCCGUUACUCAUGGAGCACUUGGACGAUGACAAUUCUGUGACAGCCAAUCCUUUCCAUCCCACUAUCUAUAGAAACAAUGAACACAAGUUUCUGCCGAAUCUUCUAUUUUUUGUCAAGGAGGGGAGGCGUCUGGAGCAUGUUGGGAACCAGCUUCUGUUCCCAAAUGGACGUGAUCUAUUUGAGCUUUGCUUUAAAAGUAAAAAGACCGGCCUUCACGACAGGAUCCUCUUCUUGGAGCAAGCCAUAGAUCCGGUAGUAGCUCUCGAGAGAUUGAAAGCUCAAGAUGAGACCGCUAAGAAAGAUAGGAAAGGGAAGGGAAAGGCUUUAUUUUUCCUAGCUUCUGACUCUGGAUCGUCAGAAUCUUCAAAUGAGUUGGAGCCUGAAUCACCUGCAGCUCUUUCAUCAACUCAAAAGCUCAAGAGAAAGCGUAGUUCAGCUGGUGAUGAGGCUUUGGAGGAAAGAAAUAGUAAAAGGCCCAAAACUUCUCUAGCUAAGGAGUACAUAGAGAUUUCUGACCUGGAUGAAAAUAGUGCCAAGGUUAGAUUCACAGACUCUGAGGAUCAAGAAGCAUCUUCAGAAGGAGUAAAUGAUCAUGGUGACCUGAAAGACCCUGGAAUUGAAGACAGAGGUGACGAGGGUGAUGAAGGUGAUGAAGGCGAUGAAGGCGAUGAAGGCGACGAGGGUGAGGACAGCCCAGGCUUUAAGAAAGUUGAAGUGAGCCUCAAAGAUGAGUCUAGACGUUCCAGUUCUAGUUCUGGCUCCUCGACUGCAUCCUCAGAGCAAGAUGCUGGUAAGGACAGAGUUGAUGAGGAUGAUGAUGACGAGGAUGAGGAUGAGGAUGACGAGGAAGAGGAUAGUUGGGACAACUGGACUUAG